UAACUGGGCUGUGCUCUCUCUCAUCAUUAGGCAGCAGGGCAACGCAGCUGACAGUCCUCACUCAUUUAUCUCCUGGAGCUGCUGGAGUCGCACCCCGGUCCGGUCGCUGGUCCACCUGCUGGUUCACCUGCCGGUUCUCCUCCCAGCAUCACCUCCCAGCAACCAUGUUCUGCAGCCGGGCUUGGCAGAGAAUCGGGCCCCUGGCCCGGAUGCUCUUCGCCCCCUCGUCCAUCAAAGGUCCGGUGCGUCACAUGGCCUUCGGGGUUCCCGGAGGGUCCACCAACAUGACAUACAUGGUUUUGUGUGGAGGAGGCCUCACUGCUGCAGUCGUCUAUGCAUACAAAACUGUCAAUGGUGACAGUGUACGUUAUGAGGACAGACUCGCCAACAUGAGCUCCAAGCCAGCAGAGGAGGCAGCACCAGAAACAGCUCCUGCGGUGGAGGAGGCGGCACCAGAGUCAGCUCCCGCAGCAGAACCCGCUCCAACAGAACCCGCUCCCGUGGAGGAGGAGACGGCAUCGUCCGCCGAGGUCGUCGCUGAGUCCGUCUCGUCUCCCGAAGAACCGGUGGCAGAGAUCUCUGCCGAUCCCGUCGCCGAGGGGACGACUGAAGAAGUGGUCGCCGUGGCACCUGAGGUGGCCGUUACCGAGGCUGCGGCCGAGACCGCAGUCGAAGAGGAAGCCGCCUCGGCGGUGGCAGAUGAGGCGGCUCCUGAAGCCGCUGCUGAAGCUGUCGCCGUGGAGACGGCCGAGGAAACCCCAGCAGCAGAGAGCACUGAUCUGCUCGCCGCUGGCAAGGCCUUGGCCAGCUCAACGGUUGAGAUCGCAGCAGCUUCUGUUGGUGAGGCGAGCCUGGUCAAAGCCGUGCAGCAGAUGGAAGCUGGUGGACUCAGCUCCACACAGCCCUUGUUCCUGGAAGCUACCCCAGAGGAGGAAGCAUCUGUCCAGGCAGCUGUCGCAGGGAGCGAGGAGGAGCUGACGUCUACACUGGCCGAGGUAGUGGCUGCAGAAGAUCCAGAAGUUCCAGCUGCUGAAGAAGUGAUGGCCGAGGACACUCUUGCUGCUGUUGCAGCACUGGAAGAGGAGGCGGCUGCUUCCACUCCUGAGGAAACUCCGGCAGUGGAGGAGGCUGAAACCGAAGAUAAGGCUGUGCCACCUGAAGCUGCAACAGCAGAAGCCAUCGCUACAGAGGCUUCCUCUGAAGAAGCUGCACCGGAGGAUGCCGUCGUCUCUGCAGAGGCCUCGUCUGAAGAAGCUGCUCCCACAGAAGAAGCUGCACCUGAGGAUGCCGUCUCCUCCGAAGAUGCUGCUCCCACAGAAGAAGCUGCACCUGAGGAUGCCGUCUCCUCUACAGACGCCUCGUCUGAAGGUGCUGCUCCCACAGAAGAGGAAGUCCCUGUUGAUGCUGCUCCAGAUGAGGAGACGACAUCAGAAGAGCAGACAGUUGAAGCAGCUGUUGACACGGCUCAAGGGUCAGACCUGGAGGUUCUUGUACCUGCAGAACCAGAGUCUACAUCUGUGGCUGUGGUGCAGGACACAGAAGCCUGCCACUCCUGCCAUUCUGCUCCAUUGGAAGGAGAGGUGGCACCCCCUCCUGGUAUGGAAGAGGACCUGCUGGUCGCUCAGGGAGACGCUGCCCAUGAAUCCAAGGAGGAGUCUUCACUGCCAGAGCAACAAACCACAGCGACCAUGGCAGUGGUGACGGCCCAAUCGUGACCCUGGGGGACGGAUCACAAACACUAGACGAGAAGAGGUCCCACAUGUAGCAGUCGGAGCUGUUGUCUGCGUUAUCUGCUGUUGCACCGUGUCUCUAAUCCUGUAGGGUGAGCCGUUGCACAGUCUUGUAUGGCUAGUUGAAAUUUCAAGGCUUCAUUAGGCAGAUAAAGAGGGUUGUUCCAAUAGUAACGUAAUUGCGGUCUGCUUUGUGAUUUAUAAACAUUAGUUGGUACAGGAAAAUGUAUUUUUGCUGUUUUUCCCUCCUAAAAGAUCCUUAAAAACCAACUUUCUUGAGGUAUUUAAAAGAACACCUUUGUUGUAUUUGUCCAACCUCAAUUUCAAAAAUACUG